AUGUGAUUGCAGGGAAUGCAGAGGCGACUAAUGGUGACCUACCAGGCUCACCAUGUCAGCAGGAACAAGCGUGGUCAGGUGGUGGGGACGAGAGGGGGCUUCGUGGAUGUACUUGUCUGGCUCACAGGUCUGUCUGGCGGCUGGAAGACCACGGUGAGCAUGCCCUGGAGGAGUUACCUGGUGUGCCACGGCAUCCCCUGCUACUCGCUGGAUGGAGACAACAUCGCGCAGGGCUUAAACAAGAACCUGGGCUUCAGCCCUGAGGACCGCGAGGAGAACGUCAGGCGUAUAGCCGAGGUGGCCCGCCUGUUCGCCGAUGCAGGGCUCGUUUGCAUCGCCCGCUUCAUCUCUCCCUACGGACGGGAUCGUGUGAACGCCAGGAAGAUCCACGAGGCUGCAGGCUUGCCCUUCUUCGAGGUGGUUGUGGACGCGCCGCUUGACGUGUGUGAACAGAGAGACGUCAAGGGCCUCUACAAGAGAGCCAGGGUGGACCAUGUGUCAGGUUUCACUGGGAUAGACUCGGAGUAUGAGAAACCAGAGGCCCCAGAGCUGGUGCUGAAGACUGACACCUGCAGUGUCAACGAGUCUAUACAGCAGCUCAUUGACCUGCUACAUGAGAAGGAUAUAGUGCCGGUGGAUGCUUCCUAUGAAGUGAAGGAGCUGUACGUAGUAGAGAACAAGUUGGACCUGGCCAAGACGGAUGCUGAAACACUACCUGCUGUGCAGAUUGGAAAGGUGGACAUGCAGUGGGUUCAGGUGCUUGCUGAGGGCUGGGCCACCCCUCUGAACGGCUUCAUGAGGGAGAGGGAGUUCCUGCAGUGUCUCCACUUUGACUGUCUGCUGGACGGUGCAGUGAUAAAUACAGGUUGGCGUCAUCAACUGUCUGUGCCGGUGGUGUUGCCGUGUCGGGGGCGGACAAGGAGCGUGGACGGCGUCACGGCCAUGGCCCUGGUGUACGGCCGCCGUGUGGCCAUCCUCCGCAACCCCGAGUUCUACGAGCACCGCAAGGAGGAGCGCUGCGCCCGCCAGUGGGGCACUACCUGCAAGGACCACCCCUACAUCAAGAUGGUAAUGGAGAGUGGAGACUGGCUGGUAGGAGGAGACCUGCAGGUCCUGGACAAGAUCAGCUGGAAAGACGGCCUGGACCAGUACAGACUCACCCCCACUGAGCUCAAACACAGUUCAAGGAACGCGGUGUUUGCCUUCCAGCUGCGUAACCCGGUGCACAACGGCCACGCCCUCCUCAUGCAGGACACCCACAAGCGUCUGAUCGAACGGGGCUACCGCCGGCCCGUCCUGCCGCACCCGCUGGGCGGCUGGACCAAGGACGACGACGUGCCGUUGGAGUGGCGCAUGAAGCAGCACGCCGCCGUGCUGGACGAGGGCGUGCUAAACCAAAACACCAUCGUGGCCAUCUUCCCGUCGCCCAUUAUGUACGCCGCGCCACCACAGGUGCAGUGGCACUGCCGAGCGCGAAUGGUGGCCGGCGCCAACUUCUACAUCGUGGGUCGCGACCCGGCGGGCAUGCCCCACCCAGCCACGGGCAAGGACCUGUACGAGCCAACCCAUGGGGCUAAAGUCCUCACCAUGGCGCCUGGACUCAUCACCCUGGAAAUUGUACCCUUCAAGGUGGCCGCCUACAACAAAGCCAAGAGGGCCAUGGACUUCUACGACCCCAAGAACCAUCAAGACUAUGACUUCAUCUCAGGGACACGGAUGCGUAAGAUGGCUCGCGAAGGACAGAACCCGCCGGAAGGCUUCAUGGCCCCCAAAGCCUGGGCUGUACUGGUGGAGUACUAUCAGUCCCUGGAGAAGGCUACCUAAGGUCAAAAUGUGGUCAAAGGUCAAAAUGGGGAACAUCAGGGUCGUAUUCAUUAGGGGACACCAUAGCAAAACUUUUUCAAAUGUUUCUCACCAAGAAAAACAAAAACAAGCGGUUGUCAUUGGACAAGUCCAGAUAGUCCCUCCCUGCUUCAGUCUGUUUCCCUCUGUUUGGUGCCUAAUGAAUACGACACAGCUAUCUCAUCUAAAACAGUUAAAAGAUUAAUACGAGGACCACUCAACAGCUAUAGCUAUCGUUCCUUCCCUGCGCUGUGGCUCGUCUCCAGAUGUCCCUCUCCAACCUCCAACGCACACACCUCUCCUCUCUCCUCUCUUCUCCCCUUCUCCUGUAUUCUCUCCUCUAUUCUCC